CAUAUGGAGUGUGGUUACGGGCAGUAGUGCUAGAUGUGAUUCUGCAGGUGUGCUCACAGGAACGCAUUCACUGUAUGUGCUGCUGUCGAUAGCAGGUGAGGCUCCAGCUUUGUCCCUGACAGUGUGUUCUGUGCCCUAAGUUUGGAAUCCAUCAGCAGAAGGUUGGCCAGCAGGGACAGGGAGAUGAUUGUCCCCAUCUGCAGCGCUGCAUCCAGGUCUGGAGCCCCCAGUACAAGAAAGACAGAGAGCUGUUGGAGAGGGUCCAGAGGAGCCACAGAGAUGAUCAGGGGCUGCAGCACCUCCCCUAUGAAGGCAGGCUGAGGGAGCUGGACUUGUUCAGCAUGGAGAAAAGAAGGCUGUGGCGUGACCUCAUUGCAGCCUUUCUGUACCUAAAGGGAGCCUACAGACAGGAGGGGAAUCAACUCUUGGAAAGGGUCGAUAUCUGCAGGACGAGGGGAAAUGAUUUUAAGUCGAGGGAGGGAAGAUUUAGGUUGGAUGUCAGGGGGAGGUUCUACACUAUGAGAGUGGUGAAGUGCUGGAACAGCUGCCCAGAGAGGCUGUGAUGCCCCGUCCAUCCCUGGAAGUGUUCAAGGCCAGGUUGGAUGGGGCCAUGGGCAGCCUGGGCUGGUAUUAAAUAGGGAGGUUGGUGGCCCUGUGUGUGGCAGGAGGGGUGGAAAUUCAUGAUCCUUGAGGUCCCUUCCAACCUGGGGCAUUCUGUGAUUCUGUGAAUGCCUACAUGUAAUCGUUCUGAAGAAGUGCAAAUGCAAUUAGGAAUGGAACAUUCUGCCUAAUCCUCUCUCUGUAUCUUCUCACUGUGUGUGAGGGUGUUCUUUUUUUGGGAAACCGAUUCCUACCGAAGUAAUAAAGCUGUUGUUUGUAGGGGGUAUCCAGUGGGCAGGCUGUGUGCACGUGAUGAUGCACACGAGUGGAACACAACUCACUUCUUGUUACACUCUGAAGCUUUCACUUUGACACUGAAACACCCAGCUGUCCUCUAUUUAAUUAAUUAAUUAUGUGUAUCUACUAAUCAACAAGUAAUCUAAGCAUUUUCUCUGCUUAGGCUAGCAGAGUCUGGAUAAAUUCUUCCUGGAAUAGUCAAGAAUACCAUUGAGACAGUUUCUGAACCGUCAGUGAUGAUUGCAGAAAAUUCAGAGAUUGGGUAAGAUAGGCAAAGCAAGAGAAUGAAAGUACUUAGGUAAGGGAUGAACCUGGGAAACUUAUAGAGUUACCAGCAACUUUCUUGGCAGCACGAAAAAUGCCAGAUACUUUUGUUUAUUUGGAAAUCACUUUGCAAGCAUCAGCGGGAUAAGCUGGUUAGGAAAAAUCAGUGCAAGUUUCUCAACCAAACAAUUGAGGAUUGUUCCAGAUCCAGUACUGCUCUGUGCUUUCCCAUGACUUGAAGCUGUAGCUGGUGGCCCUUCAGCCACCUGUCUUUCUCUUGGCUUGGUUCCUGAUCUAGUUCCCAAUCAGAGUGCUGUGCAUGACAUGAGGAGGAGGCAGGUGUGAGAGCAGGCACAAACUGGGCAGGAAGUAGGUGACCUUAUUUCAUCCAGUGGGAUUGUCAGUGUUUGCUAGUUUUUGUUGACCUGGGUUUUAGCUUACAGUAAGGAACACACUGGUGCCAAUCUAGGAGGGAUUGUGAGUGCUUUGUCUGCAGCAUUAAGAAUAUUGUAGUAAGAACAGGGCAUAUUUAGAACAAAUGGGUCAGAUGCAUUAAUACAAAAUAUGCAGCAUUGGGAAGGCAUUAAUACAGGAAUUGCGUGUGAAACUUGGCCUCAAUUAUCUUCUCAUCAGAGCUGCUGAGGUGUUGGUUCUGAACUGCAGACUUGAAGAGUAACACUGCUGGUGGGAUCUAGAAAGAGCAAAAGUGGCAAAGAGCUUAAAAGCUCUGUUCUGCUAGUAAUUGGCAAUAAAACUAGAUUUGCUUAUUAUAGAAGAUGCUUGAGGGCACAGUAACAGUAUUCACACAUGUAGGAAGGCAGUGGCUGUCUUCCACCUCAGACACAAAUUAAUCUUAUCUUCACUGUUCUAGACAUGCUUUGGUUGAAUGAGAGGAACUCCAGAAAUUGGGGUAGUGAGCACUGGAGCAGCUCACCCAGGGAAGCUGUGGAAUUCUUCCUGUGCUGCUGCAGAGGGCAAAUAAAACCAAUUUUUGCUUUGGAGUGGAGCACAGAGCUCAAGAGGUCUGUUUCAGCUCUGUGGUGUCCUGUUAACAAAAACACCUCUGUGCAGAAGAUGUCUCGGGACCAGACGGUGUGCAAGUACUGUGGCGUCAGCUAUUUGAUACUGCAUGAGUUUAAGGUGAUGGAAGAAAAAAUAAAAGCAAUGGAAAAGGAGAUUAAGUUUUAUGAAGGAAGUCUAGAACGGGAAAAGGGACUUCAAGAAGAACUGCAGUCCCUUUACCAAGACCUUGAGCGCUGCCGAGCUGAUGGGAAAUCCAAAACAGAAAGGAUAACAAGCCUAACAAUGGAGUUAAAAACCAAACAAGAUGAACUGAAAAACGUGAAAGAAGAUCUGCGGUAUUUCCAGGAAGAAAAGGAAGCUGCCCAUAAGCAAUCCCAGGUGCUCAGAAGUACCCUGGAACACCAUUGCUCAACUCUGAGCAGGGCUGUCUCUCUGUUUCCUUUCAUCAGAAGAGAGCUAGAAAGUAUUAAGGAAGUUGUGUCCAGUAACCUGGAGAGCUGGGCUGCCCUGAAAGAAGAAAUUUUUCAACAGAUAAGAACUGUUAGCAAAGAAGCUUUGACAGAAAUACCCAAACUGAAUCAAAAGUUAGCAAAAUCCCAGAGGGAGAAUGAGUGCCUUCAGGAAAAGGUAAAACAUCUGACUCUGGUGGCUGAUACGGUUGAGCUGAAGACUCAACAGCUUCAAACUUCUCUUCAGCAAGGGAGUGAGCUACAAAGCAGAUGCCGUGAGCUACAAAAGGAAACAUUAGAUUUAACUAAUCAAGUCGAGACCACUGAGCACAAGCUGCAGAAGGUAACAGCUGAGAUGGAUCACUACAAAAAGCUGCUAAUGGUGAAAUCAGCAGAACUUGAUGUGUGUCAAAAUGAAAUGAAAAAAAUGAAACAUGAAAAUGGAAUUUCUGAGUCAAGGCUUGCAAAAGAGCUCAAGGAAAAGGAAGAAUCUCUACUGAUUUGCCAGCAAGUAUGCAAACGUUUGCAGGAAGAGGUGGCUGAGAAGGAGAGGAAAGAAGGAGAUCUGAGAAGAAGAACCAGUCAAUCUGAAAGUGAACUGGAAACACUUAAAGCUCUUCUCACACAAACAGAGGAAGAGGUGGUGAUGUUGAAGCAAGAAAGGGAGUUAAUGCUGAUUUCUCAUCAGAACAGAACAGAACAGCUGCAGGAAACAUUAAGGCAGAAGAUGCGGAAUGAAGAUAACUGGAGGGAGAAGGUGGAGAUGGAUCUGGCCAAAGGUGAAGCACGGCACAAAGAAGCAAUUCUCAAAGUCAGAGAAGAAGCCAGAGUGGAACUGGACUCUGAAAGACAAAAGCAGCAAGAACUAAUCACAAAAUACCAGAGAGAUCAGGAAGAGCUCCAGAAGAAGAUACCUGAAUUGAUAUCCAGUGCCACCAACAGCUUACGGAUGGAGGCAGAAAUUCUUGAAAAGAAGCUACAGGAUGUCCAGAUCGAACUUGCAGAGAAAGAUCAAGAGAAAGAAAAAGAAAUUCAGAGCCUUAAAAGGCUGGUCACUGAACUUGAAUUUCAGCUGAAGGUGGAACAGAACAAUAACGAAUCAUUACUGGGUAAUCUGAGGAAAGAAAUUAAACACAAGUCAGAUGAACUGGAAGAAUUAACCCAGGAGAGGACGCAGCUGAUUCACAGUUUGAGUCAAGUGCAAGAGGAGAACACUCUUCUCCAGGAAACGGUGCGCAGAGAGUGCGAGGAACGCUAUGAGCUGACUGCAGCUUUGACUCAAGCCAGGGAACAAGUGCUGCAACUCAGAAAGCUCAGUGGAAACUUGCCGUUAUCGCCGCGUUCCCUGGCUCGGGGCAGCCUAACCUCCUCCCCUGCCCUGCGUGCUGAUUACGGGCGCAGCAGCCGCCCCGGCCCAGGGGGGGCCGUCCAUCCCUCCGGGCAGGUCGGUAUUCCCCGAGCUGUGCAGGCACCCGCUGGCAGGCCCAGCAGCGGGACUUUGCCAGCUCUCAGAGGCCGGGAGAGCGCGGCCAGGAGAAGGCAGCGGAGCCAACUGUGA